AUGAAAAUGUCAUCACGUUUUACAGUGUACAAGGAGCGCAUCGUUGUUGAAGAUUUUACCACAACUGCGAACCGCAUCAGAACAGGAGAGGAGCUGAAACAAGCUGAAACGGACAGUGGACAAAAUUCACAGCAUUCAGAAGCAGAUGCUGAAGUCGAUAACGAGAGUUCUGAUGUCGUUGAGGAAGAACAGGAUGUGGACAUGGGGAUUGUUGAUGACAGCCCCGUUUUCUGA